UACUCGUUGUGGAACAUCUGGGUGGCGUCGACGCUGCUCAAGGUGCUGCUGUUCCCGACGUACCACUCGACGGACUUUGACGUGCACCGCAACUGGCUGUCGAUCACGGCGCUGCUGCCGCUGCGGGAGUGGUACACGGAGCACACGAGCCAGUGGACGCUGGACUACCCGCCGUUCUUUGCGUACUUCGAGUGGGUGCUGUCGAGGUUUGUGCCGGCCCGGGUGGCGGCGGACGGGUGCGUGGAGCUGGUGGCGGUGGGGCAGUACGGGAUGGCGACGGUGGUGUUCCAGCGCACGACGGUGAUAGCGAGCGAGGUGGUGUUGUUUGUGGCGUUGCAGUGGUUCAUCGACACGUCGACCACGGGGCGGGAGAAGCGGCGCAACUUCGUGAUCUCGGCGUCGCUGGUGUUGUCGCCGGGGCUGUUCAUCAUCGACCACAUCCACUUCCAGUACAACGGGUUCCUCUUCGGCAUCCUGGUGCUGUCGCUCGUGUGCGCCAAGCUCGGGCGCCACGUGGCGUGCGGCUUCUGGUUCGCCGUGUUGCUCUGCUUCAAGCACAUCUUCCUCUACGUCGCCCCGGCCUACUUCGUGUUCCUCCUGUCCGCGUACUGCCUCAACCCGGCCUCGGAGUGCACGUCUGUCCGCGGCGUGCUGCGCAUCGUCAACUGGACCAACCUCGCCAAGCUCGGCGCCACCGUGCUAGCCGUCUUCGCCGUGGCCUUCGGGCCCUUUGCCUACUACGGCGUGUUGCCGCAGCUCUUUGCACGCCUCUUCCCCUUCUCGCGGGGGUUGACCCACGCCUACUGGGCCCCGAACAUCUGGGCCCUCUACUCCCUCGUCGACCGCCUGCUCAUCCAGAUGGCGAAGCGGCUGCCCAUCCUCUACACACUCUUCCACAAGUCCCCCGCCGCGGCGGACCUCAACCAGUCGCUCACCAGAGGCAUUGUCGGCGACGUGCAGUUCUCCUUCUUGCCGCAGAUCGAGCCCAACCACACCUUCCUCUUGACCCUCUUCUACCAGAUCAUGGCCUUGGUGCCCUUGUUCUUCCAGCCCAAGUUCGAGCGCUUCAUCGGCGCCGUCUCCCUCUGCGCCUACUCCUCCUUCCUCUUUGGCUGGCACGUCCACGAGAAGGCCAUCAUGCUCAUCAUCGUGCCCUUGUCGUUUGUCGUCUGCCAGGACCGCAGACUGCUCCCGCCGUUCCAGAUGCUCACGUCUGCCGGCUACGUCUCGCUCUUCCCGCUCUUGUACGGCUCCGCAGAGUGGAUGUUCAAGAGUCUCAUCACCUUUGUCUGGUUCAUUGUCUUCCAGACCAGCUUCAGCGAGGUGGUGCACUUCUCCCGCAAAAUCACCACACGCGUCGUGGUCUUGGACCGCCUCAACUUGAUCUACAUGCUGUGCUUUGCCCCCAUGUGCAUCACCAUCCAGCUGCUCGACAUCCAGAGUAGAAACUUUCAGCUCUUGAAGCGACUCGAGUUCUUCAGGUUGAUGAUCUACAGCGUCUACUGCGCCGUCGGCGUUAUCUCCUCCUGGUCCUCCAUCUCCUGGCUCUACUUCUUGGACGACCCCAUCUGG